ACAGGACAACUAAGAUUUUUGGUUUGAGGUAGAGUAAGGAGGAGGGCUUGUAAUAGACUAAACAUAUUCCUCUUGCUAGAGUUUCUGCAGUUUGUUUGUGGAUAUACAUCCUUGUGUUGAGGAAACAGUACUAUGAGAAAAGACUGUGGGCGCUGUAAAAGGAAGCCCAUAGGGUUCAUUUUAUUUACUUUUCAUUCAACUUUGUAGAACAUUGCCAUUAAACAAUUUCCACUCCUCCAUCAGACCACCAUGGUGGCCUGGCCGAUGCUGGCAAAUAUGUGCUUCUGGUCUGAGGCCUCUUGAACCUAAACAUGGGUCAGAUGAUUUGCUUGCCUGUGAACCAGUUUUAUCAUCUGCAACACAGCAUUGUCACUUUUGUUUUCCCUUUCAGCAUGGCUCCUUAUACAUUUCAUAUGUCACUAAAAGUAGGGAAAAGAGGACAGGUGAUCAAGAUGCCUUUCUUUGCACUGUCAGCCUGGGCUCAGGAUCCAAGCUACUGGAUACAGGUGCAUCGACUGGAACAUGGAGAUGGAGGAAUACUGGAUCUUGAUGACAUCCUCUGUGAUGUAGCAGAUGAUAAAGACAGACUGGUAGCAGUGUUUGACGAACAGGAUCCACAUCAUGGAGGUGAUGGCACCAGUGCUAGCUCCACAGGCACACAGAGUCCAGAGAUAUUUGGCAGUGAGCUUGGCACCAAUAAUGUUUCAGCCUUUCAGCCUUAUCAAGCAACAAGUGAAAUUGAGGUCACACCUUCAGUCCUUCGUGCAAAUAUGCCUCUUCAUGUCCGACGAAGCAGUGACCCAGCUUUAACUGGCCUCUCAGCUUCUGUCAGUGAUAGUAAUUUUUCCUCUGAAGAGCCUUCACGAAAAAACCCCACACGCUGGUCAACAACUGCUGGCUUCCUUAAGCAAAACACUGCUGGUAGCCCUAAAACCCGUGACAGGAAGAAAGAUGAAAAUUACAGAAGCCUCCCACGAGAUACUAGUCACUGGUCUAACCAAUUUCAGAGAGACAAUGCUCGAUCAUCUCUGAGUGCUAGUCACCCCAUGGUGGACAAAUGGCUGGAGAAGCAAGAACAGGAUGAGGAUGGGACAGAAGACAACAGUCGUGUUGAACCUGUUGGACAUGCUGACAGUGGUUUGGAGAACAUUCCCAACUUUUCUCUGGAUGAUAUGGUAAAGCUCGUACACGUCCCCAACGAUGGAGGGCCUCUGGGAAUCCAUGUAGUGCCUUUCAGUGCUCGAGGCGGCAGAACCCUGGGGUUAUUAGUAAAACGAUUGGAGAAAGGUGGUAAAGCUGAACAAGAAAACCUUUUUCAUGAGAAUGAUUGCAUUGUCAGGAUUAAUGAUGGCGACCUUCGAAACAGAAGAUUUGAACAAGCACAGCAUAUGUUUCGACAGGCCAUGCGUACACCCAUCAUUUGGUUCCAUGUGGUUCCUGCAGCAAAUAAAGAGCAGUAUGAACAACUCUCCCAAAGUGAGAAGAACAAUGACUAUUCAGGCUGCUUCAGCCCUGAUAGCCAGUAUAUUGAUAAUCGGAGUGUGAACAGUGCAGGGCUUCAGGCACCACAGAGAGUACCCAGACUGACCCACCAGGCCGAACAGAUGGACUCGCACCCACGACUACCUCAGAGUACACAGCCCUCUGGAAAGCCACCGGCAGCUCCAGCCCCAGCACCACAAGGUGUAUUUGGAACAAGUGUAAGCAGUGGUUAUAACACCAAAAAAAUAGGCAAGAGGCUGAAUAUCCAGCUUAAGAAAGGUACAGAAGGUUUGGGAUUCAGCAUCACUUCCAGAGAUGUAACAAUAGGUGGCUCAGCUCCCAUUUAUGUGAAAAACAUCCUCCCCAGGGGGGCUGCCAUCCAAGAUGGGAGACUGAAGGCAGGAGACCGCCUGGUAGAGGUAAAUGGAGUAGAUUUAGCAGGCAAAUCCCAAGAGGAAGUUGUUUCCCUGUUGAGAAGCACCAAGAUGGAAGGGACAGUGAGCCUUCUGGUCUUUCGCCAAGAAGAUGCCUUCCACCCAAGGGAACUGAAUGCAGAGCCAAGCCAGAUGCAGAUUCCAAAAGAAACGAAAGCAGAUGAAGAGGAUGUUGUUCUCACACCUGAUGGUACCAGGGAAUUUUUGACAUUUGAAGUUCCACUUAAUGAUUCAGGAUCCGCAGGUCUUGGUGUCAGUGUCAAAGGUAACCGGUCAAAAGAGAACCAUGCGGAUUUGGGAAUCUUUGUCAAGUCCAUUAUUAAUGGAGGAGCAGCAUCUAAAGAUGGAAGGCUUCGGGUGAAUGAUCAGCUGAUAGCAGUGAAUGGGGAAUCCCUGUUGGGCAAGACAAACCAAGAUGCCAUGGAAACUCUCAGAAGGUCCAUGUCCACUGAAGGGAACAAGCGAGGAAUGAUCCAGCUCAUUGUUGCAAGGCGAAUAAGCAAGUGCAGUGAGCUGAAGUCACCUGGGAGCCCCUCAGCACCUGAGCUGCCCAUUGAAACUGUGUUGGAUGAUAGAGAACGAAGAAUUUCCCAUUCCCUCUACAGUGGGAUUGAGAGGCUCGAUGAAUCCCCCACAAGAAAUGCUGCACUCAGUAGGAUAAUGGGUGAGUCAGGUAAAUACCAGCUGUCCCCCACAGUGAAUAUGCCCCAAGAUGAUACUGUCAUUAUAGAAGAUGACAGGGUACCAGUGCUUCCUCCACAUCUCUCCGACCAGUCAUCUUCCAGCUCUCAUGAUGAUGUGGGCUUCGUGACAACAGACCCUGGCCCCUGGGCUAAGGCUGCAAUCAGUGAUUCAGCAGACUGCUCUUUGAGUCCAGAUGUUGAUCCAGUUCUUGCUUUUCAACGAGAAGGAUUUGGACGCCAGAGUAUGUCAGAAAAACGCACAAAGCAAUUUUCAGAUGCCAGUCAAUUGGAUAUCGUUAAAACACGAAAAUCAAAAAGCAUGGAUUUAGGUAUAGCUGACGAGACUAAACUCAGUACAGUGGAUGACCAGAAAGCAGGUUCCCCCAGCAGAGAUGUGGGACCUUCCCUAGGUCUGAAGAAGUCAAGCUCAUUAGAAAGUCUUCAGACAGCAGUUGCUGAGGUGACUUUGAAUGGGGAUAUUCCUUUCCAUCGCCCACGACCUCGGAUAAUCAGAGGAAGGGGGUGCAAUGAGAGCUUCAGAGCUGCCAUUGACAAGUCUUACGAUAAACCCACAGUGGAUGAUGAUGAUGAAGGCAUGGAGACAUUGGAAGAAGACACAGAAGAAAGUUCAAGAUCAGGGAGAGAGUCUGUGUCCACAGCCAGUGACCAGCCUUCAUAUUCUCUGGAAAGACAAAUGAAUGGAAACCAAGAGAAAGGAGAUAAGAUUAAUAGGAGAAAGGAUAAAACUGGAAAAGAGAAGAAAAAAGAUAGAGAUAAGGAAAAGGAUAAAAUGAAAGCCAAGAAGGGAAUGCUGAAAGGUCUAGGAGACAUGUUCAGGUUUGGCAAACAUCGAAAAGAUGACAAGAUUGAGAAAAUGAGUAAAAUAAAAAUACAGGACUCCCUUACUUCAGAAGAGGAGAGAAUACGAAUGAAGCAGGAACAGGAGAGGAUUCAAGCCAAAACUCGAGAAUUUAGAGAACGACAAGCUCGGGAACGUGACUAUGCUGAAAUUCAAGAUUUUCAUCGGACACUUGGCUGUGAUGAUGAGUUGAUGUAUGGGGGAAUUUCUUCCUAUGAGGGUUCCAUGGCUCUCAAUGCCAGACCCCAAAGCCCAAGAGAAGGACAUAUGAUGGAUGCUUUGUAUGCCCAAGUAAAGAAGUCACGGAAUUCCAAACCUUCACCUGUAGACAGAAGGAUGCCAUUGCAUGGGGGUGGCUAUUCCCCAUUUAAAGAUAACAGUGCUCAGAACAUGUGUAUCAAAACAAUUUCUUCUAAAGUCAACAGGUCAACUACUAGCAACCAUGAUCGGAUACAGCGUCUACGACAGGAGUUCCAGCAAGCAAAGCAGGAUGAAGAUGUAGAAGAUCGGCGACGCACUUAUAGCUUUGAACAACCCUGGCCCAGCUCCCGACCUCCGGCGCAGAGUGGCAGGCACUCGGUGUCCGUGGAGGUGCAGAUGCAGCGCCAGCGGCAAGAGGAGCGUGAGAGCUUCCAGCAGGCCCAGCGCCAGUACAGCUCUCUGCCUAGGCAAAGCAGGAAAAAUGCCAGCUCUGUCUCCCAGGAUUCCUGGGAGCAGAACUACUCGCCUGGGGAAGGCUUCCAGAGUGCCAAGGAGAGCCUCAGGUACUCCAGCUACCAAGGCUCCAGAAACGGCUACCUGGGCGGGCACGGCUUCAAUGCCAGGGUGAUGCUGGAGACCCAGGAGCUCCUUCGCCAGGAACAGAGACGGAAAGAGCAGCAGAUGAAGAAGCAGCCUGCUCCCGAGGGGCUCAACAGCUAUGACUCGUAUAAGAAAGUCCAGGACCCCAGUUACACUCCCCCUAAGGGGCCCUUCCGGCAGGAUGUGCCCCCAUCCCCUUCUCAGGUCGCUAGGCUGAGCAGACUCCAGACUCCUGAAAAAGGGAGACCCUUCUAUUCCUGAGCAGAAGAGCGGAUGCUUCAUUCAUGCAAUAAAGGACAUUUUCUUAUGGAGACUUGUAUUUGGGGAGUUUUUUUAAAAACCUCCAUGGUACUAUGGAAUAUUUCUGUUGUUGGUAUCAGUGCCUUUAAGCAGUAUGGGCAAAGAAAUGGAAGGCCUUAAUGUCUUUGCCAGUAUGUCUCAAGUGUAUUUCAUGGAAGGAUUUCCCACUCUCUGACAAUCAUCUGCUCGAAGCAUUUGUCACAGCAUCUCUCAGGAGGACCAGGAAUUCUUGGCCUGACUCAAGAGAUGUUCAUGGCUUUGUGUCACAGCCCCAUACAACUAGUGGUGACAAAUUACCUUGAAGCUGAGGUAAUGUUGAUUUCUCUUUAUUCCCUUUAAGUUUUCUGCGAUGUGAGGCACCUCUCAGUUUCUGGUGGAUGAAAGUGAGUGACAUACUCCAGAAAUUGGGGCUUUACAGUACCUCAUAGCACAGUCAUUUAUAAUUGGUAUGGUUUUUCCUUUUCAUUCUCUGUUCCUCAUAACAGCAAAGUUCCUUCAUGUUAUAAAGAAGUUAAGCCAUAUUCCAUCACUGUCGGGUUUUCAUGGGGCUUCUUUUGUAACUGCCUUAUACCUAAACAUUACCAAUAAAGUGAUCAUCUAUUCUGAGAUUACAAAUGCUCUUGUUUGGUCAUAUUCCUAAUACAUGUGUCGAGUCACCACACUGUGUAGGGAAGGCGAGAGAGGGGAGGGACCCCUGGCGGGGAAGGACUGGGCUGCCCAUCGUCCUGUGUAUAUCAUGAUGUGGGAAGUGGUAGCUAAGGAAACAAUUCUCCCAGGAUGAGCUUCUGGUCCAUUACAUCCAAGUAAUUAUUUUAAUUAGUUUUUGAUUGACAGGUUGGCAGGAAGGGCAUAGAGUGGGACAAAGAUAGGUCAUUCAUUUGGAGAUUCUAAAAACUCAUCUGCUUUCUACCAUUCCCAAGUCGAUAGGAAUUGACAUGUGUCUAGUGCAUCCACAUGCUAUAUGUCUGCCUGGUGAUGCCAUCCGUGUUACUAAAUAAUUCUGCUAUGAAACAGAAAAGACAAAUAAGGGAAAACCCAUCACACUUCACAAGGAGAACAUUCUGGUGUCUGCAAGCAGUGGUGACAAAAGUGCUUCUCAUGCCAAUAUUUUCACAUACAUGUGGGUCACUGGACCUCAUCUGCUCUCAUGUUUUCAUCUUUUGGUCUCAACAUCAUGUAUUAUAAACCAUGGCUGAGUUGCUAAAGUGCCUGCGAAUCCCGAUGUGAAAACGCUUGAGAUGAAAGCUCCACAUCCAUGUAUUAACAAAAAAGGAAAAAAAGAGACAUGACUGAUAUGCCUAUUUUUUUUUACUGGCACAUUGUAUUUUGUGUCUACUUGUUUUUAGAAAAUGUGUGAAGUGUCCAUACAUGUACCUAUGUCUCUUUUGCAUUUCUGUGUAAUGUUCUAUUUGUUCAUAAUGUGCAGUGACGUUUCAGUGUUGUUACCAAUGUAAACGCAGUGACCUUGAAUGACAGGGCUCUUUCUCACAGCAUACCCUGAGCUUGAGAAAGAACUUUCUCUGUACAUAUGAAACUUUAAAUAAAAGGCAUAUUUCUUCCUGUU